CUGAGGCUCAGAAAGGGCCAGACUGUGGCCUAAAAGCUGCACCACCAAUCGGAGCAGAAACCGUGCCACCCACAACCUGUCCCACUCCGGUGAGUUUAUGAGUCGGCGGUAGCUCCGAUUCUUCGUAUCCCAUCCCGGGGGCCAGCCCUCACCUCCCAGCUGCCCACCGUCCCCUUUAAGAACAGGCACCGGCGGGACUACAUUUCCCAGAAGGCUUUGCACGCGCGUUAUGUAACUUUCCCUGCGAAGCGGCCUCUGGGGCAGAAAGAGGUGGAGGCGACGGCGGCGGCAGCAGCGGCGGCGGCGGGAGCGGCGGGAGCCCGGGGCGGCGGCGCCCGUGCCUCAUCUUAGGGCCGGAGCUGUGCGCCUCGGGGACCGGGCGGUGCUACCGACGUGUUGCUGCUGCAUUUGCUUUUCCCCGGGUAGACGGGAGUGAGUAAAAAGGAAAAAAAAAAAAAAAAGCAGCAGCUCAGGGGGCGGGGAAGGGGGGCCGGGCCUGGGCCCGCCGGCGAGGCCGAUUCCGACGCCGGCCUGCGGCUCGCGCAGUCCGGGGCACGCGAGCGGGUGGCAGGGCCCGGCGGGGCGCGCGCGGGGGCCAUGGCGUCAGUGCAGGCGUCCCGUCGCCAGUGGUGCUACCUGUGCGACCUGCCCAAGAUGCCGUGGGCCAUGGUGUGGGACUUCAGCGAGGCCGUGUGCCGCGGAUGCGUGAAUUUCGAGGGCGCCGACCGCAUCGAGCUGCUCAUCGACGCUGCUCGUCAGCUCAAGCGCAGCCACGUGCUCCCGGAGGGCCGAUCGCCCGGGCCCCCGGCGCUCAAGCACCCGACGGGCAAGGACCUGGCGGCGAGCGGCGCGCCCGGGCCCCAGCUGCCUCCCCCGCAGGCCCAGCCCCAGCCCUCUGGGACCAGCGGGGGCGUCUCGGGCCCGGAACGCUAUGACAGAGCCACUUCUUCGGGCCGCCUCCCGCUGCCCUCCCCGGCCCUGGAGUACACCCUGGGGUCCCGCCUGGCCAAUGGGCUGGGCCGCGAGGAGGCCGUCGCCGAAGGGGCGCGCAGGGCCUUGCUUGGCACCAUGCCCAGCCUGAUGCCCCCCGGCUUGCUGGCAGCUGCGGUGUCGGGCCUGGGAGGCCGAGCCCUGACGCUGGCACCCGGCUUGAGCCCUGCCCGGCCACUUUUCGGCUCCGAUUUCGAGAAGGAGAAGCAGCAGAGGAAUGCGGACUGUCUGGCGGAACUGAAUGAGGCCAUGCGGGGCCGGGCAGAGGAGUGGCACGGGCGCCCCAAGGCCGUGCGGGAGCAGCUCCUGGCGCUGUCCGCCUGUGCCCCCUUCAAUGUCCGCUUCAAGAAGGAUCACGGACUGGUGGGGCGCGUGUUCGCCUUCGAUGCCGCUGCUCGCCCUCCAGGCUAUGAGUUCGAGCUGAAGCUCUUCACUGAAUACCCCUGUGGCUCUGGCAAUGUGUACGCGGGGGUCCUGGCCGUGGCCCGCCAGAUGUUUCAUGAUGCCCUGCGGGAACCAGGCAAGGCCCUGGCCUCCUCCGGCUUCAAGUACCUCGAAUACGAGCGCCGCCACGGCUCGGGCGAAUGGCGCCAGUUGGGCGAGUUGCUCACCGACGGAGUCCGCAGCUUCCGCGAGCCUGCACCCGCAGAAGCCCUGCCCCAGCAGUACCCGGAGCCGACCCAGGCUGCUCUGUGCGGACCCCCACCCCGAGCUCCAUCCCGGAACCUGGCGCCCACCCCACGCCGUCGCAAGGCAUCCCCUGAACCCGAGGGCGAGGGCGCUGGCAAGAUGACCUCCGAGGAGCAGCAGCAACGACACUGGGUGGCGCCCGGUGGCCCCUACUCGGCUGAAACCCCCGGAGUGCCCUCACCUAUUGCCGCCCUGAAGAAUGUGGCCGAGGCCCUGGGCCACUCGCCCAAGGACCCUGGUGGUGGUGGAGGGCCUGUGCGCACCGGAGGUGCCAGCCCCGCAGCCUCCUCCACCACCCAACCUACACCGCAUCGGCUGGUGGCGCGCAUAGGGGAGCCAGAAGUCAGCCCCACUGCGGGGGCCGAAGCUGUCAGCGGGGGCGGAAGCGGCACGGGGGCUCCCCCCGGGGCUCCCCUGUGCUGUACCCUGUGCCGUGAGCGCCUGGAAGACACCCACUUCGUCCAGUGCCCCUCGGUGCCCGGACACAAGUUCUGCUUUCCCUGCUCCCGCGAGUUCAUCAAGGCACAGGGCCCGGCCGGAGAGGUGUACUGCCCCAGCGGCGACAAGUGCCCACUAGUGGGCUCCUCCGUGCCCUGGGCCUUCAUGCAGGGCGAGAUCGCCACCAUCCUUGCUGGAGACAUCAAGGUCAAGAAAGAACGGGACCCCUAGACCCCAUCCCCUGCCCUGUGGUUCCCUACCCUGCCGCAGCUGCGGAUAAAUUAUUCCCUACACCCAGUGCCACCACGCCCCUGUGUACAUACCCCCUUCCUCCACCCAGAUUGGUCCCCUGGGAUAGAUGCAUUGUGGGGUGGGGGGGAAGAAAGCUUGGGGUUCCCUGGGCCCUUCCAGUUUCCCCUCUCCCCGCUCCUUGGCUUGGCUUUCUUUGCUGCUGCUUGUAGUUGGGGGAAGGUACCCUGCACCCCCCCCCCCCCAGAAGGGGCCUCCUGAAAACUUGCUCUUUAUAAACGAAGCAAAAGCAUUUUAUCUCCCUCCCUCCAACCUUCUCUCCCUUCAAUAAACGGAAAGAUGUUUCCUUCC